AUGACAACGUCAACAUUUCCCAAAUCACAUUAUCAUCAAAAUUUUAUUCUUAUUUAUUUAAAUAAUUCAAACAAUGAUAAUAAUGAAAUUGAUCAACUUAAACAAAUUAUAUUUGAAAUAAAUAAAUUCAACGAUCCAGAUCAAUCUAUUGAUUUUCUUACUGAUGUUAAAGAUGUAAAAGUAUUUAUGAUUAUCAAUGAUUCUAUUAGCAAUUAUUUUCUACCACUUAUUUGUAAUAUUCCUCAAUUACAUUCUAUUUAUAUUUUAUCUAAAAAUGAAAAUCAAUUCGAUGAAUCAAUAAAUGGUGAAAAAAAGUUACAAGGCAUUUUUAAUAAAAUCGAAGAUAUAUAUAAUUUAUUAAAGAAAAAAACAAAAGAAAUUGAUCGUAAUUUAAUUCCAAUGAGUAUUGUGUCAUUCGAUAAUUCUUGUAAAAAAGAAUUGAAUGAACUUGAACCAUCAUUUAUGUAUUCACAAUUAAUUAAAGAAAUUUUAUUUGAUAUUGAAUAUGAUCAAGAUUCUAAAGAAAAAUUAAUUCAAUUUUGGCGUAAUUCACAUCAUCAAAAAGCUGAUGUAAAGGUAAUUAAUGAAUUCGAAAAAGAUUAUCAUCCGAGCUUAGCUAUUCCGUGGUAUACGCGAGACUCAUUUAUCUAUUCAUCACUCAAUCGAGCAUUACGACUAAUGGCUAUUGAUCCUAUUAUUAAAAUGGGAUGUUUUCUAAAUGAUGUACAUCAACAAAUUAAACAAGAAUAUGCAGUGCAAUUAUCAACUAGCACAUUCCCAUUGAUUGUCUAUCGUGGGCAAAAAAUGUCUAAUGAUGAAUUUGAUAAAUUACAUCAGAAUCAAGGUGGUCUUUUGGCAUUUAAUAAUUUUCUAUCAACUUCUGAAGAUAUUAAUGUUGCAAAAGUGUUUUGUUCUAAUGAUUUACACGAAGCCGAUAUGACAUUUGUUCUUUUUAAGAUCACAAUUUAUUCAACUGAUACAUCAACUCCAUUUGCGUCUAUAAAACAUCUUAGUAAGAUGAAUGACGAAGAUGAGAUUUUAUUCUCAAUGCAUAGUGUCUUUCGAAUUGAUAUGAUUCAUAAAAUGGAUGAUAGUUCCUGGCAAAUCGAUUUAAUAUUGACGACCGAUAAUGAUGAGCAACUUGAGGGACUAACACAAGACAUGCGAAAACGAACAUCAGGAUUGACUGGAUGGUAUCGUCUUGGAAAACUAUUAAUCGAUAUAGAAGAAUUCACAAAAGCUGAAGAGAUUUACGAAAUAUUACUUCAUUCAUCUCUAGCUGAAGAUGAAGAAGACCGUUCUAAAAUAUACAAUUAUCUUGGAAUGAUUUCCCAUGGUAAGGGUCAUUUUCAUGAUGCACUCGUAUUCUACCAGAAGACAUUAGAUAUUCAAGAGAAGAUUUUAUCUUCUGAUCAUCGUGAUCUCGCUACAACAUACAAUAAUAUGGCUGUAGUAUAUUUAGCUAUGGGAAAUUAUCCGAUUGCACUUUCUUUCUUUGAAAAGAAUUUAGAUAUUCGGCAAAAAUGUCUUCAUGCUCAGCGUCCUAAACUGGCUAUCGAUUUCAACAAUAUUAGUGUAUUAUAUCAUGAAAUAGGAGAUUAUCGAAAUGCACGCUUAUCACUCAGAAAGGCACUAGAAAUUCAAGAGAAUUUGCCUUAUACAAACCAUCCUGAUCUUGCAACUAUUUAUGAUAAUAUUGGUGUCCUAUAUCAAAGCGAAGGAAACUACUCUAAUGCACUUUCUUUCUAUUUAAAAGCUGGUGAGAUUAGCCGAAAAACACUUCUUCCGAAUCAUCUAUGUAUAGCUACUAAUUACAAUAAUAUUGGUGAUUUAUAUCAGAAAAUGGGAAUGAAUUCUCUGGCACUUGAUUUUCACCAAAAAUCUCUUAAAAUUCGAGAAAAAUAUUCAUCUUCUAAUCAUCCUGCUCUAGCUGUGGCUAACGGUAACAUUGGCUCAUUAUAUCAUAGUAUGGGAGACUAUCCAGGUGCCCUGUCAUUUUAUGAAAAAUCACUUGAAAUUCAAGAAAAGUUUUUACCGACGGAUCAUCCUAGUAUAGGAUUAAAGUACAAUAAUAUCGGUGCUCUAUAUCGAGACAUGGGGGAUUAUCCAAAGGCGAUAGUAUACUAUGAGAAAUCGUUAGAAAUCCAACGAAAAUCUCUUCCUUCAGAACAUCCCGAUCUGGCUACUACUCUGAUAAAUCUCAAUACUGUACGUUUAGAAAUGGGAGAUUAUGCAGGUGCCCUAUUAUCAUGUCAAAAGGCUCAAGAAAUUCUAGAAAAAUCAUUACCAGUGGAUCAUCCGGAUCUGGCUAAAACUUUCAACAUCAUUGGUUGUGCGCAUUUUCAGAUGGGAGAUUAUUCAAAUUCAUUAUUAUUUCAUGAGAAAGCACUUGAUAUUCGAGAAAAAUCUUUAUCCUCUGAUCAUCCCGAUCUUGGUGAAACAUAUAUUAAUAUCGGUACUAUAGACUUCAUCAAGGGUCAAUAUUCCAAAGCACUUUCAUUUUGUCAAAAGGCAUUUGAAUUAUUUGUCAAGAUUCUUCCUUCGAAUCAUCCUCGUCUAGCUCACGUCCAUAGCCAGAUUGCUAAAGUUCAUGAUGAACUGGGAAACUAUUCAGAUGCAUUGUCAAAUUAUGAAAAAGCACUCGAAAUCUACGAAAAGACCCUUUCUUCUACUCAUCCUUCUUUGGCUUCUAUUUACAACCAUCUUGGUAAUUUACAUUCCAACAUGGAACAUCAUUUAGAUGCACUCUCAUUUUACGAAAAGGCAUUAGAAAUUCGAAAAAAAUCUCUUCCUCCCAAUCAUCCGGAUAUAGGUGAAGUAUACAACAAUAUUGGAAGAGUUCAUGAUAGUAUGGGAAACUAUUCAAAUGCACUAUCAUACUAUCAAAAUACAGCUGAAAUAUUCGAAAAAAAUCUUCCUAUCAAUCAUCCUCAUAUAGCCAUGAUUACUGGAAAUAUUGGUAAAGUAUACGAUAAUAUGGGAGACUACGCAAGUGCACUUUCUCACCAUACAAAAGCGCUUGAAAUCUUCAAAAAAUCGUAUCCUUCCGAUCAUCCAUACAUGGCCAAAACCUAUAGAAAUAUAGCUUCAGUAUAUAAUAAUAUGAAAGAUUAUGUCAACGCACUUCAAUAUUAUGAAAAAGUAAUUGAAAUUCAAAAUAAGUGUUUAAAUUCGGAUCAUCCGGAUUGGUUUGAAACAUACAACAAAAUUGGUAUAGUACAUGAUAAUCAUGGAGAUUACUCAACGGCAUUAACAUUUUUUAAACGUGCACUUCAUAUUCAUCAGACUUCUUUUCCCAAUAAUCUCUCUCAGUUACAACAGUUACAAGAAAAAAUAUCUUCUCUCGAAACAAAAUUAUAG